AUGGUGGGGGGAGCCCCCAGGCACUGGGUGCCAUCAGAGCAGCACCUUUCUGGUGGGGCUGGAAGGGGCCUGCCGCCCGAGGGGCGGGGACGCCAUGGCGCAGUGCUCGGGAAAGGUGAGUGCGGUCGAGUUCAACGCCGCCACGAAGCCCCAGACCCACCGUUCCACUGCUCCCCGGUCGGGAGGCCGGCGCCAAAGCGUCACUCAUUGCGCGUUCGCCCUUCGCAUCUGACAAACAUCACCUUCUACGAAGGCAAGCACUUCACAGGACGGAAGCUCGAGGUCUGCGGGGACUGUGACAGCUUCCAGGACCGGGGCUUUAUGAACCGGGUGAACUCCAUCCGCGUGGAGAGCGGGGCGUGGGUCUGCUACGGUCACCCCGACUUCCGGGGCCAGCAGUUCGUCCUGGAGCGCGGCCACUACCCUGACUUCCUCUGCUGGAACGGCCACAACGACCACAUGGGGUCCUGCCGGCCGUGGGGAUGCCCGCGGCCCCCUGCCGACCGGAACCGGUUCCAGAACACUCAGACCCCCGGAGAAGCGCUCCCUUUGAAGCCGCAGGUGUUCCUGCCCGGGAGUGUUCUGUCCACCGGUCCCCCGACCCCCUGCAGGUGA